GACCAGCUUCCAACUUCUAAGUUCUAGCAGAAAGGGCGUCAUUGUACAAUUUUAAAGACAAAGGCGUCAUCCAAAAGACCUUUCGAUCAAAACCAAAAGACACCCACCUGCUUAGGAAAUCAUCAAGACUAUUACUUGAGUCUUUAGCGACCGCUCUUGCUAUGAUCGCAGUGAUGAGCUCCACACCAACGCCCAUAUGGCGGCGACCAGUAGACCUCUUCUUUGUUCUCUUCUUUGUUGUUCACAUUCCCACCGCUGCACUUCUUGACGCUCAAUCGAUCCUGCCUAGAGAUUGGUUCCAUGAAGAGCUUCAAAAUCUUAUGAAGUCUCAUAUUGACUCGACUGGAGACCCCCUGGUGUCAGCGAAUCCGCCUUGGUUCAAAGCACUGGUCUGGUGUGAGCUGAUUCUCCAAGUGCCCUACUUUGUGGUCGCAACUUAUGCAUUCAUCAGAGGAAAGAGGUGGAUCAGGACGCCAACAAUCAUGUACUGUGCUCACGUAGCUACCACCAUGGUGCCUAUCUUCUUUGAGAUCAUGAGUGCCGCUUUGUCGUCAGAAAAACGAUCAACUCUUGUUGCUAUCUAUUUGCCAUUUUUGGUCGUCCCGCUCUUAUUGUUGGCUCGCGUACUGUCUAGUAGUCCGGACAAGCUUUUUUGCGCAAAAGAGAAGAAUACAAAGAAGGAGUAAGUACUACAGAAGACUGGUCGUGUUGAGGACAUAUAUCAUUGAUAUUGCCACAUGGUACCGUCAGAUUCGUCAGGAACAUUGCUUAGAGUCAUUCGCAAAGGUGCGUGGAUGCCCGCUGCUCUCGGGUGGUGGCAAACGCAACCGUCAGCCCUCAGUGUGCGUUGGUGCCGGC